UGUGCUCCAUCACACCCCUCACCUCUCUCUCUCUCUCCCUCUGCACUUUCCCAAAAUGCCCUUCUCUGACGACCGCCUUGACCUCCCCCUCGACGCCCUCGUCGCCGAAACCAAUCAACAGCGCCGCCAGAACCACCCUCCCAAGCCAAGAGGGCACAAUGGUCAUUUCCCACGCCAAGUCCCCGGAGGCUUCACCCUGGGUGGCCCCGCUCGUCGGCCGAGGAGCCUCCGCGCCUUCAUAACGGCGCCGUAUCCUCCUACUCAGCCGAUAAUGCAAGGACAGCUUGGACCGGGAAGAAGGGAAGAGGUGCCUUUGGGUUGGAGCCCAGGAGUGAGCAAAGAGGGAAGCACCAAGCUUUAUAUCUCUAACUUGGAUUAUGAUGUUACUCAUAGAGAUAUAGAGUUGCUCUUCUCUGAUGUUGGUGAAUUGGAAAGGCACGCGAUCCAUUAUGACAAAAGUGGAAGAUCUAAGGGAACUGCUGAAGUUGUCUAUAAGCAACAUGCAGAUGCAGUAGCAGCAAUCAAGAGAUUUAACAAUCAUCGGCUUGAUGGAAAGAAACUCGAGAUUAAGCUUGUGGGAAAUGAGGUUGUUGCAACUGUUCCUGUGUUCCUGCCUCCAAAUGCAUAUUUCUUGCAAGAACAACCAAGUCACCAUGUCUUCCAGAGGCUAGGAAGAACUGAAUCAAGGGGAUCAUUUCAUGGUCAUGGUGAUGUUGGAUAUGGAAGAGUGCAGGGACAGGUGAGAAAUGGCAGUAAGAAGGUUACUACAGAAGCUCAGCAAUGGAAGAAUGUGACUACAGAAUCUCAGCAAAGGAGGAAUGUGACUACAGAAUAUCAGAAAGGGAAGAAUGUGAUGGCAGAAUCUCAUAACAGGAAGAAAACAUUUUAUGGAGAUGUGACAGUGACUUUUGAAGAUCUGGAUGCUGAUUUGGAGGACUACCGCUUAAGCAGGUAAACAGAAAUCGCAGUUAGAUGAUAAACAUGGAAGGCAAACUGGUAACUAAUAUAUUCAUAUGUACGGAUGUGGAGCAUUAUUUACUAGCAUUUCUUGCUCCCUUGGAUUAUAUCUUACAGAGUUAGUGUCUGGUAUUUAGUACCAC